GUCGGGUGACACACGGCCCCAAACACGUAGUAGAUACACUCUUUUUUCGUUGUUUAAUCAUCUUCCCAUUUCAAAAUGCAUCUACUGCGCGUAUUUGCUCUACUACUAAGCUUUGUUGCAGCACUGAGCGUUGCUCAAGUAACUCAAGUCACCGAUGAAAAUGUUGGAUCGCUCAUCGGCAAAUCUGACGAGUGGCUCCUCGAAUUGUAAGUUUUGGACAUUGUAUAAUUCUUUAUGUUGAAUCUCGUAAAACAAUAUAAAAGUAGAAGAAUUUAUAAACGUGAAUGCAAAUCCGAAUAUAUAGCUACUAACAGAACUACGGAAAUAACACUUGCAAAAAAAUUGUUUAGUUAUGCUGAUUGGUGUAAUUUCUGUCGUAAUUAUGCACCUAAAUAUGAAGCAGUACAGCGCGUUCUUGCCAGUAGCCCUACUAGUCACGAUGUCGGUGUCGGUAAGGUCAAUGUCGAAACAAGUCCCGGACUGGCUGCCCGAUUCUUUGUUCAGCGAUUACCUACGAUUGUACAUAUCAAGGACCAUCAAGUACGUGUUAUCCCUGCCGACCGUAUGAACGAUUUAGUGUCGCUUAUUGAGGACCAGUCAUGGAAGGAUCUUCAAACUGUGAAUGGUAUGACCUCGCCAUUCAGCGUAAUUGGAACCUUGGUUUCUUACACUGGCAAGAUGGUAAAGUGGGCAUCAAGCAUGUCAUCGCUGACGAUCGUGCUCUUGAUGUUUGUGUUGCUCGCUUUCGUGGUGAUUGUUCCUGCAUAUCUCCCGGGUACUGAAGAAUUGAAGCAAGAGGCUGAAGAGGCUAAAAGGUUGGAACAGGAGAAGACAAAGGAAAUUGAAGGGCAAGGCAAAUCCACGGCUAAGCCCGAGUCUUCUGAAUCCACAAAACAACGCAAAUCUAAGCGCAUCGAUUAGUCGAAAAAUAAACAAUGAGAAAGGAAACAACAAGUGUCACACUCGUGCACAAACUAUAUUGGCAGAAUAGCUAAUAAGACAAGUAUACAU